UAAACUAAUAAUCAUAUUUCAGAAUUGUAAUAUAUUAGUAUUCACUGUAUUGUGGAAGAAAUAAUUGUUUAUUGCAAAAACACUAUAAAUCUAUUGAUACAAACAGAAAAUAAAGUAAAUCAAUGUGGGAACUAUAUUCUGGAAAGACCUGACAUCCGAUAACCUCUUAUUGUUCGCUGGCUUCACAGCGGAUAGAAAAGUAAAAUGUGAGAAGUGUUUAUCAACAUCCAAUGAUCCAUAGUAUUACGCCUUGGAAAUCAGAAGCUGUAAAUUAUUUUAAAUGUUAACAGCUGUUGAACAUGGAACUGUUAAAAUGCCAAGGUGUCCAUAACAUACUUUUGAAAUGAAGACGCUAAGUUGUUUCUUGUUGCUCCUGCUGUGUGUGGACAUUGUGGGAUCCACAUUUGUCAAACCAACUACCUGUGGUACUACAAAAGGUUGUUACCAUGACUGCGACACUUCCGGACAGUGCUCGUUUGUAGUCACAUGGAAGGAAAAUGGUGCCAACAUCGACUUUGAGAUCAAGGCCGUGAACACCCUGACUGGUGAUCAAUGGAUGGCUAUUGGGUUUUCACACGACGAUAAAAUGGGAGACGAUGCUGUCACGGAAUGUGUCAUGGCGUCUGGUACCAUGCUGGUGAAAAAUUCCUUCAAUACAGGCCGGUCAAAUUCCAGAUUGACCCCAGAUCCUGAUACUGGAAUCACCAAUAUUGUGGGAAGUCACAUAAACAACAUAUUCCAGUGUUCGUACACACUGCAGAAGUCGGGUAGUCCUCAGAAUGUAGAUCUCAACAGCCACUACUUCAUACUGUUUGGCAGUGGUCCAGCCUCUUCUGCUGGCAGUAUUCAACAGCACACAGACAAUCCGCUGGCAUCAUCGAGCAUUGCAGACUUUCAGAAAAUCGAAGAGAUAUUUGCAGUUGAACAAGACUUUGAUCUCGUUAAAGCUCAUGGUUCUCUGAUGGUUAUUGCAUGGAUAUUUGCCGUCAGCAUUGGGGUCAUCCUUCCUAGAUUCUACAAACCAAUGUGGCCCAAAUCCAAGUUGUUUGGUGAAAAAGUCUGGUUUCAGCUUCACCGAGGUUCCAUGAUGGUGGCUUUCCUCUCGACCAUCAUAGGUUUCAUUUUAAUCUUCGUCUUUGUUGAAGACUUCAGUGAGUUGAACCAAAGUGAUAACCUCAAAGUGGCCCACCCAAUCAUUGGUGUGAUUGUCACGGUCUUGGUUUUUAUCAAUCCCACCAUGGCAAUAUUCCGUCCUCAUCCUGGCACAAAGAACCGACCGAUAUUCAACUGGGCGCAUUGGGGAGUGGGCACUCUGGCUCACAUUUUAGGAGUGGUGAACUGUUUCCUCGGGGUCCGAAUGGGAAAACCAAACCUGCCUGAAUAUCUUAUCUACAUUCUUGCUGGGUUUGUUGUCUGGCAACUGUUGUUUGAACUCAUCAUGCAGUUGCAUCAGUGUUUUGCAAAUAAAAAGGGCAGUGACGAGUAUGAAUUGCAACAAAGUGGAGAUGUACAGGUUCGAACAACUCAGCAGGUGGUAGAACAGAAUAGUAACUUGAAGAUGUUUCUGCUGGGAGUUCAUGUGGUGGUCGUGUUUGGAUUCUGUCUAGCAGUCGUCAUCAUUAUUGUAAUAGCAUAAGACUGUCACAUGGUCUACGUAAAGCAGACCGUUAAAAAAAAUAUCUUUUAUCACAUCUUAUUACCAUUAUAAAGUUGCAGGGAUGUGAGAGCUAUGCGGAAAUGCAUAAAUGCGCUUUUUCAUUUCAUCUAAAAAAGAAAAAAACUCAUGAUGUUCAGUACUGUUGACCACAAGUUUAUGAUGUGUGCCUUAUAUUAUAAGUUAUAACCAGUUUAGAUUUGUUAACAAUGAAUACAAUUUUUGGCAGU